AUGCGCUUCCUUGGGUUCUCUCUGCUGAUUUUGCCGAUAGUUGAUGUGUUCGCCCAAGACUUGGUGAACACUCACAGGACCUGCAGCGAAAAUGGUUUCUGCAACAGGUUUCGAGACUGGGCCCACCUCCCUAUUGAUAACAGAAGAAUAUACUACAUUCCAGAUGGUGAACUGCAAGCCGCUCGCACAGGAGUGUACAGAGUGCCUGUGAGGAGCGCCAAGAUCGAGAAGCUUGAUGAGCCCAUUCUUGAGGCGGAGCUACACUUUUACUCUGAUAACACUGUCCGUUUCAUUGUGGACGAAAAUCAGAAGCUGGUGGGAAAUGGGAGGAGAAGGUAUCGGAUCCCUAGUGGGGAUGUUAUCCAGGAUUCUGAGCUACAACCACAUGGCAGCGUGAGAUACAGCUACGACAAACAGGCACGACAGUCUACCUUCGAUCUUGGUGACUCAACUCUAGUACAAGUGGAUCAUGAUACAGUGGUUAUCUUCCUUAUGGUGGAUGGUAGGGUGGUGCAGACGAUCAACGAGAAGCAGCUGUUCGUGGUCGAGAGUGCUCGUGAACAUUAUGGGGACAUAUGUCCUUUUGCGAUCAAGCAAUCGCAAGAUCUAUACCUUGAUCCUGCAUGUACUCCACAAGAGCAUCCCGGAACUUGGGCAGAAGAAUACAGAGAACUCACAGACUACAAGCCUCAUGGCCCGUCGUCAGUGGCGCUGGACAUAACUUUCCACGGCAGAGUCCCAGCACUGUAUGGUCUGCCCGAGAAAGGGACUCGACGCUUGAAGUUGAAGAUAGAUGGGGAUGACGAUAACAAACUCUACCGAUUUUUCAACCUCGGCUAUGCAGCAUACUCCGUUGAUUCGGGCACGUCAGCUCUCUACGGCACUGUUCCCACUUUGACUGCCUUACAAGCCCCUGUCCGGUCCUCUAUGUUGUGGGUCAACCCUUCGGACACCUACAUCGCCUUGGAGAGGAAUGAAGACAAUUCGAUUCAUUCCUGGUUCCUCUCUGAAUCGGGCGUAAUAGACGUCUUCUUGUUCCCUCAGCGGACAACUCUAUCAGCUAUGAAAUCGUACCAUGACGUGGUCGGAUAUGCACCGUUGCCACCAUACUUCAGCCUGGGCUUCCAUCGUUCUCACUACAGCUAUGAGAGUCAGCGAGAUAUUCUCGAUAUCGUAGACAACUACACUGACCUUCACAUUCCAGUUGAUGUCUUUUGGCUCGACAUAGAGCACACGAACGGCAAGCAGUACUUCACAUGGAAUCAGACUCUGUUCCCUGACCCUUUGAAGAUGGUACAAAGAGUCAACUCCCUCGGGAAGGAAAUGGUUACCAUCGUGGAUCCGCAUUUAAAAGCGACUCGGAGUUACCCUAUAUACCUUGAUGGUUACUGUAAAGAUGUCUUCGUUAAGGAGCGGUAUUUCUGCAAUCUCGACACCUGCAACGGUCGAGCUGAUUGUCUCAGAAGUCCUCUGCGUGGUGCAGACGAUGAAAAGUCAGAAAACGAGUUAAAGUGUGGUUCUUAUACCGACGAGGUUUUCAAGGGUCUUUGCUGGCCUGGCGUCAGCGCCUGGCCAGAUUUUACCAGCCCUAGAGUACGGCAGUGGUGGGCAAAGUUAUUCGAGCCAGAUGGCGUGAAUGAGUAUUUCUAUACUUGGAAUGAUAUGAACGAACCGUCAGUGUUCCAGGAUAUGGAGAUGACGAUGAACCGUGAUCUCGUGCACGCGGGUGAAGUAGAACAUCGUGACGUUCACAACGCUUAUGGUCAUUACUUUCGUAUGGCGACUUUCGAGGGUCAUCUGAAGUAUCGUCGUCCAGGCAAACGUCCAUUUGUACUCACAAGGAGCUUCUAUGUGGGAAGUCACAGGUUCGGCCCUAUGUGGAACGGCGACAGCCUGUCACAGUGGGACAACUUACAGGCCGUUCUUCCAAUGUUCAUGACGCUCUCAGCACCUGGAGGAUACUCCUUUACGGGAUCUGAUGUGGGUGGUUUCACUGGCCUCCCCUCUGCCGAGCUUCUUACGAGAUGGAAUCAGCUAGCAGCUGCAACGAGUGUAUUCUACAGACUCCAUUCUGAUAUCGUAUCGCCUCCCCGAGAUCCAUGGCUCUACGAUGACCGCACUUUAAAGAGAUUCCGUGACGCCGUUCGGGAUAGAUAUCAGUUACUACCUUUCUGGUACACUCUGUUCGCGCGCUACUCUAUGUUCGGUGAGCCUAUGUUAAGACCCCUGUGGUUCGACUAUAUGCAUGAUGCCAACACUUUCGAUUCCAACAGCGAUGAGUACGACCAAGCCUUGAAUCAGGAGGCGAUUCUUGGUACUGAUAUAUUGGUACGUGGAGUCACUGAGGAAGAUGUGUCGGAAGUGAAAGUCUAUCUCCCUGCUGGCACUCAGUGGUACGACGAUGAUCACAAGAUCAUCAGCGGUGGGUCUAUGCAAACAGUGGCUGUCACUCUAGACAAGAUACCCAGAUUCUACCGUGCCGGAAGUAUCAUACCACGGAAAGCCCGUGUUCGGGAUUCAACUAAGGGCUCGGAAGUCGACCCUCUCACUAUGUGGAUCAAUGAAGACCCCGAAUCACAUAGAGCAAAGGGCUGUGUAUACCUUGAUGAUGGAUCGAGCUACAACAGCACGUCAAGCGGCCAGUAUGCUCUGUACAAGAUACGAUUCAACCGCCCCAACAUCACCGUAUACAGGGAAUCUGGCACGGGGGAUUUCCCGCUUAUAAUCGACAGGAUCAAACUUGUCAGUUCUCCACAAGGGAUCGUCAAUUCCACUAAAGUUGAUCCUGUUACGGUUGAAAUCAAUCCACCAAUGACAGUCGAGUACGAUGAGAUGUCGUUUCGGAUCGAAGGCAACAUUUUGGAAACUGAGGCCCGUCUCCCCUCGCAAGGUGGCAUGGACAUACUUGUGGAAUGA